ACAGAUAUUUUUUUUGCUUUUCCCUCCCAUCUCUCUUCCCAGCCACACAACUUUUCUUCUCUCUUUCUCUUCCUUCUACAGAAACCAACAACCCACUUGUUUCUUUCUCCCUCUCUCUGUACAAGAACAAAAAAAAAAAGGAAGAAUAUGAAGAAGAAGAAGACGCAGGAAGCAGAAGAACCAGGAGAAGAAGGAACCCCCACCCCACCCCACCUCACUUGUGCUCUUCCUUCUCUCUUCUCUCCGACGUCGUCUCUUUCGCGCUCUGCGAUCUCAAAUCUCCGAAAUCGCCCAUGAAGCGGCAAACUUGCCAAUGAAGGAGAGUCAUUCGACGCCUGGUUGGCUAGAUCAACGUCCUUUUGGAUCGAUGAAGAGAAGGGAAGGCGUGAACGACGAUGAAGGAAGAAGGAAGUGAUUCGUCUACACUCAUGCCAGAAGGAACAUGUCAUGCCGCCGGCGGUGGGACUGCUGUCAACCGCGACCAAGGCGGUUGUGGAUAUGCAAUGUUAAGGAAAUUGCUUAUGUCUUGGACGAAAAGGGUUGAUUUCCUUCCAUUCGAGACUGGUUGCUGGUUUCUUAUACGAAAUUGUGCUGCCCUGAAUUCGAAGAUUAUGAGAACUGGGGCCAGUACAUUGGAGUUUUCCUUACGUGGUGGCUAUGUGGUGUUACUUUCGGUUUCAGGUUUCUUAUGUUCUGGUCCAGUUACAAAACUAAGCUACUUCAGAGUUUUGCCGGUUUCCUACUGUCAUUCUGCGUAAUGGCGAAUUUCAGCGGCAUCCCAUUUUGCUACGCUCUUGGACCAUAUAAAGUACUUGCUGCAUGAGAUUAAACUUUGGAAAGGGAGAGGAACAAUGGAUUUAUUAUAACCUAAAAGGAAAUACAGCGGGAGCAGCAACUACUAUGACAGAUGGAAAGUCCCUCCUUUGAUCCAAGCCCUCAUUUGCCGGGAAGUCCAAUUUACUAUCCACCAACCAAUGACUUUUGACAUAUCUAUG